AUGGAUGAAGUUCAGAGCUCCUGUCGUGUUGGAACAAUCCAAUUUGGAACCUCAUCUAAGGUCCGCAGCCUGCGGAGAAGAGUGGAGGAACUCCAAGAAGAGGUGGCGCAACUGAAAGAAGAGGCCGGAGCUGAAGAGGCAGAGAGACUCCUGGACGAGGCACAAGCGCAACUCCCAGAAGAGGCCGCAGUGGGGACCGCCCUUGCACAGGCUGAGAUUGGAGAACCUCAUCUCUACUUCACACUGCGAGACAAGCCAGCCAUCUUGGAGAGAACUGCGGACAUCGCCUACCACGGCCACAUCAAGGAGGAAGAAGGGUUGGACUGCUACGUGUCGUUUCCUGGCAAAUAUGCAGCCGGUUGGGAUGCAUUGAUCAAGGAACACCACGGACAAUCCGUGGCAUGCGUGUUCCUAUGCACUCCAGCUGAUGGUUUGGGAAUGCACCACAAAGGUCCUAGUGGUGAUUGCUACUGCCACACAAUUUAUGGGCAGCGGGACUUUAGAACCUUUGGUUACUUGAAAGUGUUGCCAGCAUCUUGCAGCAAAGACGAGAUGAAGAUAGAGGUAGAGAAAGCAGAGGCAACCAACACUGUCGUUGUUCGCGUAGAUGCCACGAGGGAAACCAAACAAGAAGCUGAACAAAAAGCACGAAAAGCUUGGGAGGACAGUGGCCGAGUUGCCUCCUGGGGGUGCCAAUGGUUCCACACAUGGAAGGAACAGGUGGCACAGGCGGUGAAGUUGAGACAACGUCUCAAGGUAGUGUUCUUUCCGUAG